UGCAGGUACGGCGACGAACAGGGGAAAUUUGUGAAAUAUACUAAAAUGGCUGCCCCCAUGAAUUCGCUUAUUGAUUCUUUGCCAAAUGCAGAGGAUAAAAUCGAAGUUCUGUCAGAUUUGAAAGCUUUAUUAGGGAAUUUACCUAUACAAUCAAUAUCGUCUGUUGUUGCAAAUGUAUCUUUCAACAGUGUUUUUGACUGUCUUUCUACAGAUAACAGAGAGCAGUUAGAAUUGUGUUGUGAUGUACUGAACAAGUUGUUAAAGGCUCUCCCUCCUGAUAUUGUACUGACCCAAUUUCAAGAUGAACUUAAGUCGGGGUUGACCAAUGAGGAGCCUGCUGUAAGAAAACUCUGUAUAUCAGAGAUUGAAAGAUUGAGCCUAGAAAUGGUGACUGUACUUUUGCAAUAUGAAGAAUUGGUGAUCCAAGUUGUCAAAUGCAUGAGAGAUGAUGUCUUAGAGGUGGCGAAAAUUGCUGGAAAUACCUUGGUUAAUAUAGGUGGCAGCACUGGUGGUAUAACUACAUUAUAUGGUGGGAUGUUAAUGUCAGCUUUACAGGAUGUACUCUCAUCCAAUGAUACUGUACGAUUCAGAGUAUAUGAGGUAAUUGUCACAAUAAGUUGCCAGUCUGUUGCCGGGUUACACAGUUGUUCUGAGAGCGGGUUACUGCAGCAGUUUUUUAAUGAACUUCAUCGUGACGAUAUACUCGUGCAGCUCAAUUGUCUCGAGCUUUUGUCUGAUCUAGCCCUCGUGGAAUAUGGCCUAGCUUACCUAGAUCAGCAAGGGGUAUUGGCCACCCUGGAAAACAUGAUGAGAUCAUCCGAGGCUGAUCCAUUAGCAGGAUUUCUUAUACCUGGUUUGAUAAAGUUUUUUGGAUGCGUUGCAAGAAUUCAUCCAAAGGAGGUGAUGACAAGCAAUGAGACAUUUGUAUCAACAGUGUUUACCAACCUUUCUUCUCCACAGAGUGACUCUAUGCAUAGUUUGGCUAUACAAACUGUAGGCUUCAUUGGGAGCUCUGUUGAGGGAAAGUUGGCCCUAGAGAAACUAGGUAAUAAGAUGGAUACAGGUGUAAAGUGUAUAGGUAAAGCAUUGAGAGAGACCCAACAUGACACAAAGAUUGUUGUUCUACAAGCACUUUCAACACUCCUCAAAUUAAAGGUUCCUGAUCAAACAUCGGAGUUACUGAAGCUAACAGAAUGUUGGUACAGCCAGCUAGGAACUCGAACCUUUGACUACCUUAUGUCACUGGCAGACCAACCUUUCCCAGAUCUACGCACCGCCCUACUCAGUUUGUUCAACUCGUUGGCAUUACAACCUUGGGGUCAAAAUAUAAUGAACAAUCAUCCUGGUUUUCGGGAAUACCUUCUUAAUCGGUCAACUGAGAAGACGAAGGAAGGAAAAGAGGGGAAAUUUGCUGUUAUUUCAACUUUAGCCAAUUCACCAACUUCGGCGGAGAUUUUUGGAUCCCCGUACCUGAUUCAUCUAAAAGCUUAUUGUAGCCAGGGCGCUUUUUAUGUUCAGGCACAGGCAGAAGUUGCCUUGGAAGGGGAUUCGUGAUAGAAAAAACAAAAAUAAAUACAAGCAAAACUGUU